AUGGGUAUUUUUGCUUUUUCUCAUAGCGCUUCUCUCAAAACAGAUAUGGAAGUGAAGCUGAAAGCACUUGAGUGUCACUUUACAUGGGGAAUAGAAAAGGCUAACAUCAAGGACUGGGACAGCCUCCCUGAAAAACUUCUGGAUCGCAUCAUGACGUUCAGCACUCCGAACCAUGCCACAUUUUUCAACUUACUAGCCUUUCUGAGCCACCUAGAGGAAAACAAUGUUAGUGCUCUUGAGUAUCUCCACAAGGCUGAGAGUGCAUUGAAGGAUAGACGGGAUGAUACAGAGUUACUGGUAACCUAUGCUAACUUUGCAUGGGUUCACUAUCACUCAGGGAACACGAAUGAUGUGGAUGCCUACAUUGGAAAGCUGGAAAACAUCAAUAAGGGUAUUACGAGUGCGAUUCAAGGCAGCUUACCUUCAAUACACGGUGAGAAGGCUUGGAGUUUUCUAAGGCUUGGGGGGCUAUUUUACAAGGGGGCAAAGGAGAGCUUUCGGAAAGCUCUUGAGGGAGAACCAGACAAUCCAUCCUUCAACGUGGGCUAUGCCAUGGUCCUGUACAGGUUGGAGGGGUUGGCCAGGGAUGGAAGAGUGAGGUUGGCGCAUACUGAAGGUGCCAAUCAGCUAAGGAAAUCCUUAGAGCCCGAUAACACUGAGGUUAUGGUCCUGCUAGCCCUGAAGCUUCAAACCCAAAGUAGACAUGAGUCCAUGAAACUCCUCAAAGAGGCCCUCAGACUGUCUCCUGACGUGCCUCACGUCAUACGUUACGUGGCCGACUAUUUCAGACACGAGGGCAUCAAUGAGACCCUGGAGGUUCUGGAGAAAGCUCUGGAACUGUCUCCAAACUCCUCCUUCAUGCAUUACAGAAUCGGCCUGUGUCACAAAGAGCAGCUCAUCCAGAUGUCUAAACAGAAAAGGAGAUGGGUCAACACCGGCCAGAUAAAAGAGAAGAAGGGGGUCUGCAUCCAUCACUUCUCCAGAGCUGUGGAACUGAAGCCAUCUAACGUCCAAUUCAGAGUGAACCUGGCUGAGGCUUACGGAGAAAACUACCAGCUGGAGGAGGCAAUGAAGAUCUUCACCAACCUGCUAAAAGACGAGUCCCUCAGUGACUCAGACAAGCAGCAAUGCUACACCAGCUUCGGCCUGUUUCUGUUCUUCAGGAAGAAAGACGAGGAUGGUGCUGUGACCCAGUUCAAAAAGGCCUACCAGAUUCCGAUUGAUAGUUGGGACAGGAAUAAGGCAAGGAAGAGGCUGAAGCAGAUUGCUAACAAGAAGAGAAUUGGCGAGGGCUCUGAGAUUUUGGAAUUCCUCACCACUGAAGACAAAAAAGGGAGGAAGUCUGAAGAGCCAAGGAGAGUCAAGGUGCACUCUCCAGACACAGAUGACCUUACAGAUGCCCUAGGCAAAGGACUGAAACUCAAUUGAAAUAUGGGAGACCGGGGUUGGUUGUCACAGUGCUAAUUACUCCCAAUUUAAAUGGCGCUGUGUAAUCAUUUUAAGGUUAAAAUGUGUGAAUUUUGUGAAAGAAUUUCAUCCACCUGAUCAAUUCAUUUCAGCAUGACAAAACAUUGAGGUGAG